AUGGUACAGUCAACAUACUGCAGAGCAGAUGUUGGUUACGUUGAUUUGAAUGUUCGCAAUACUGGUGUCAUUACUGACUUUUUCAUAAACACUUUUAAAGCAUUCAUAAUUGCUCAUUUCAAACCGAUUGUGGAAGAUCGGAUAUGUCGAAUGAUCAAAAACGUGAUCAAUAAAGAUAUGAAUUACAUAUUGUCUACGAUGCCUCUCCAGGUGCGUAUCAGUGAAACUUCGAUAGAUGUGCUAGGAGAGUCAUUUGGUUUACCGGCCAGAAGACCGUUAAGUAAGCUUGGUGAUGCGAGUGCUAGGAACGCAACGGUGCUCAACAUUAUCAAUCGGUUACGACAGAAAAAUCUCAUUUUGGAUUACCGACUUAUUCGCGAUCCGGUGAUUGCGUACGGAGCGAUUGAAAUGCUGUCGCGUGGUGAAAUUUCAUGGUAA